AAAACAUCCUAUUCUCGAUUUUACCGUUACUAGGGUUAGCGGGGUGAAGAAUCGCUGAAACAGUGAUUUUAGCGUGGAAGUUCCAAGCUUGAAUUCAAUGUGAAAGAUUGUAUCUUAUUGCUUUUCUCGUAAAAAUGCCGCCAAUGGUAUCUUCGAGAAAAUAUUGUGAAACUGCUGGGUUUAGGAAUGUUCUUCCUUCACAUUCUGGUGCUGCUUCGGUUGUCGCUGAGCAAAAAGAUAAAUGGUCCAGUGAUGGAAACAUCUCGAGCAGUUCAGAUGGUGGAAAGUAUGGGAAGGCUAUUGCUGCUAUUCCGCUGAGAUGUUUACCGUCUUAUGAUAUGAAACAAAAACCAGAAAAGUCAGUGUUGUCGCAUGACAAAGAAGGUGAUGAAGGACGGAAAGAAGGCAUGACGUCUGGUGAUAUGGAUCAUAAGAAGGAGGAUUGGACGCUUAGGAUGGAUAAACUGGAAGCGGUAAUUGCUGAUGCAAAGGAGUUUGUGAGUUUGUUGGAUUCUUCUUAUUUUAUGCUUAACACAUUUCUAGAUGCGAUCGACGUCCUCAAAGACUCGGGGGAAUCCAAGGGUCAACAUCCCUCUUUGAACCCUGAUGCCUUAACUGGAAGCACUUCUAUUGACCAAAGUCUUUCUAGGAAAAGGCUUAAAGUUAGCGGUGGGAUCUCUUUGGUUGUUCAAGAGGAAAAUGAUCGUGGAACUGAAACCAUGCCGGAAGAUAAAGAUGCUCGUGGAACUGAAACCAUGUCGGAGGAUGAAGAUGAAGUUAGGAUUUCAUCACCUGCUGUUGAAGCGGAAAAUGCUUCUGGAACCAAAACCAUGCCGGAAGAUGAAGAUGCUCGUGGAACUGAAACCAUGGUGGAAGAUGUAGAUGAAGAUGAAGUUAGGAGUUUAUCACCUGAUGUUCAAGAGGAAAAUGCUUGUGGAACUGAAACUAUGUCGGAAGAUGAAGAUGAAGUUACGAUUUUAUCACCUGCAGAGUGGAAAGUGUCCCAGCUAAGUGUCAAUAACAAGAAUGAAUGCGUCAAACCUCAUGAAAAUGUUGAUGCUGAUGAUCAUGCAGAUCCGGUUUCUGUUGCCACAGAAGCUGACCAAUCUGUUGAAAGCUUUCCUAAUUGUGAGCUAAACCGCCAGCGUAACUAUUUCACUUAUUCUGGUGAAUGUUCCCGUGAGUCUGAAGGAGGGAGAUGUGAUGAUGCAUCGAAGAAGAUGUUCCCUGAAGAUGAUGGAGCUAGUGGCACGUAUUCCUUGAAAUGUACAGACGAACAUGAAUAUGCUGAGAAUCACAAGCGCUUGAUUAAUUUCGAGAUUGUACCGUGUGACCAUCCCAAGGGACGUAAGGUGAUGGAGGCUCUAAAACUAUUCAAAGAGGAAUAUGAUAAAGUCUCUCAACAGCCUGAGAGUGAGCCUGGAGUAGGAAAAAGCGCUAAAGGGCCACACUUUGUUGCAGCAAAAAAUGUGAGGUCGAAGGGAAUGGAUUUCUCCCCCGACAAGCCAUUUGGCCAUAUACCCGGUAUUGAGAUUGGUCAUGAAUUCUCAUUUAGGACAGAACUUGCUAUUGCUGGUCUCAAUAACCAAACUUUUAAAGGCAUUGAUUAUGUGAAUGUCGAUUGCACUCCGUGUGCAACUAGUGUUGUGGAUUCGGGGCGAUAUGAGAACAAGGGUAAAGAACAUGAUAUUCUGAUAUACUCUGGUGAAGGUGGGAAUUCGAAUGUAUUUGCCAAUACUUCGUCAGAUCAGAAGCUCGUGAGAGGAAAUCUUGCAUUGGUUAAUAGCAUGGAAAAGGAGUUUCCGGUUCGAGUCAUCCACAAGAGAACCGGUCCUACAAAAUUUAAACAUUUAGGCGGUAUGCUCUAUGUGUACGUGUAUGAUGGGCUGUAUAAGGUAAACAAAUAUUGGCAAGAGAGAGACAAUCAAAGUUGUAAAUUGGUUUACAAAUUUGAAUUGCAAAGGCUGCCAGGGCAACCGAGGAUUGGUGUCAUCCCGGAUGACCGUGAACCCUUACCAGGGCGACGAAAGAGUCACGGUACUGAUGCUACAGGGAGAAAGCCAGUUAAGGAAGUUUGCGUGGUAAAUGAUAUCUCACAAGGGAAAGAGAAAUUUAAAGUUCGCGCAAUGAAUGGGGUGGAUGAUGAGCUUCCCCCACCUUUCACUUACACGAUCAAGAAUGUGUAUCCACAUUUGUAUUGGCUCGAGGAGCCUGCUGGUUGUGAUUGUGUCAAUGGGUGCUCGGACUCUGUACAAUGCCCUUGUGUCAAGAAGAACGGAGGUGAGAUUCCGUACAAUGAAAAUGGACAACUUUUGAAACCAAUGACUAACGGUGUAGUUCAUGAGUGCGGACCUUCGUGCAAAUGCCCUCCUUCUUGCAUCAAUCGAGUAAGCCAGGGCGGUCCUCAUCUUGAGUUGGAGAUUUUCAAGACCAAAUCGAUGGGCUGGGGAGUGAGGUCCCGGAAUCAUAUUUUGCCUGGAAGUUUCAUAUGUGAAUAUGUUGGAGAGAUAUUGAGUGAGACCGAAGCCAAUCAGAAAAUCGGCAAGGAUGAAUAUCUGUUCGAUAUAUGUCAUGGGAAAUCGCAGGAUGAUGAUUACGCUCUUGAUGCUGCCAUCUACGGUAACAUUGGUAGGUUUAUUAACCACAGCUGCGACCCCAACGUCUUCACCCAAAAGGUAUUCUACGAUCACGGAGACAAGAAAAUGCCCCAUAUUAUGUUUUUUGCUGCUAAGAAGAUACCUCAUCGGCACGAACUAGUGUAUGAUUAUAAUUAUGCGAACGUUCAAGACGCUCACGGAAAACUUAAGAGCAAGGCUUGCCACUGUGGUUUUCGGAAAUGUAGUGGCAAGCUCUACUAGCUAGCCACACUGUUUGCUACUCCUACAUUAACUUGACUUUGCUUUCUCAUUGUUUUCAAUUAUAAAGUGUUAUAAAUGAAAAAAGUGAUAUCAUUUUAGCAAUGAAGCCUUAAUAGGAGCAGCUUUGGAGGGUUGAUUGUUCA